AAAUAAACAUUGUUGAUAUUGACAUAAUUGGGGAGGAAAUGAAUAUGUGGAUUUGUGUAGAACAAGAGGGGUUAUUUAGUUAAAAAUAGUAAAUGCUGCAUGAAUAUUGGAAAUUAUAAAACAGUGUUCAAAUAUAUAUUGACAUGAUGAAUUUGUGAAGAAAAAUGGCUUAGAAAGGCAUUGAGGUUAAAGGCAUUAUUCAGCAUGGAAUACUUAUUUAACAUAUAUGGAACGCUGUGAUUUGUACAGUUAAUUGAGUAAUGUUUUGUUUUUGUUUAAUUUGUGCGCUGAUUGGAUAUAUUUUUUAAAAUGGGUACUUCAUCCAGUACAUUAGAAAGUCCAAAUAUAGACAUACAUGAUGUGUUUAAUGAUCAAUACAGGAUUAAGAUCUAUACAGAUUGGGCAAACCAUUACUUGGAAAAGGCUCGUAAUAAAAGGUUCAUCAGUGAUCUCCAACAAGAUGUUUCUGAUGGUGUCCUCUUAGCAGAUGUCAUAGAGGCUGUCACAAAUGAAAAAAUCAGGGAAAUAAAGUCCAAACCAAAGAAUACAGCUCAAAUGGUUGAAAAUAUCAACACUUGUCUUACAUUCCUGGCCAAUCUUGGUGUAAGUGUAGAAGGACUCUCAGCUAAAGAUAUAAAAGAUGGGAAUCUUAAAGCUAUAUUAGGCCUGUUCUUUAGUUUGUCACGAUUCAAACAACAGCAGAAGACACAGCAGAAACAGGAACACAAUAAAUGUCAUUCAGGGGAGACAACUCACCAGUCAAGUGGCAGCAGCAAAAACCAGCUCAGUAGUAGUGAUUCACAAUCAAGGCUUCCAUCUCCAUUUAAGUCAGGGAAUAGUAAAUGUCCUACCAUAACUAAUCCAUCAACCAAACCAUCAUCCGGUAGUAAAUCAACCAGCAAAUCAUCAGCCGACAAGCAUCUCAACCAACAGAACAACAACCAACAAUCAGCUACAUUACCAGCAGGUUCUUCUUUGAAUACUGUUAAAAGCAGUCAUCCAUCAUCCCGAGCUACAUCACCCGCUGUUCCAGGAUCUGGUAUUCCAACUCCUGGUGGUCGCUCUUUGACUACACCGAGACCAUCUGGAGAGAAACAGCCAAGAGUCGUCAGUACAGGAAGUACGACCUCAACAAGUUCAACUGCUUCAAACAAAAGUACUUCACAGAAAUCGGCACCACAAAAUAAAAACUCUAUGUUGGAUAAAUUUAAAUUUUUCAACUCCAAGGACAAAUCCAAGGGCAAAAGUGGAGUUCCUAAAAGCACUUCAAAAACAAGUACUGGUAGUACUGCGAGCACAAGUUCCUCAUCCUUAGCUUUGAGUAGCGAUAGGGAUUCUAGAAUCAGUACAGAUACCAGGUCAAGUACUGCUAGUGCAAGAAGUUCAAGUUCUACUGAUCCUGGUGCUAUAAGUUUUUCACCAGAAUCAGAAAGUCCCAAACUUCCACCAAAAACUAAGUCCCUUGGAAAAACGGUUAACAAGAAGGAGCACCCAUCUACGUUGCCUUUGGCACAGAAUGAGAAACUUUAUUCAUCAUCUGCUUCUGAUCAUGGAUCUGGAGUUAAAAAAUCAUCAAGUAAAACAGAUUUAAAAUCAGGACAAAAAGGGACAAAAAUUGGAACUCUCAUCCCAUCAAAGUCUGCAUCUAAAUCAUCGAAAUCCACAUCAUCAACGCCAACGAGCACAGGUAUACGGACACCGACAAGCAUUCCAAAACCAGGAAAAUCUCGUAGUAAAGAUGAGAAAUCCAAAAGUCAUUCUCAGUCGUCGUCUGCAGCUACAUCACCAUCAGUGUCAGGAGUGCCAUCAACAAAACAUUCAGGAUUAAGUGCAUAUGGGUCACCAUCAGUAGGGUCACAUUCAAAACAACACUAUGAAACAAUAAGUGACCACUCAAAAACAAGUGUGCAGGAUUCAGACAAGAUGUUACAGAUGAAAGGUAGAUACACAGAAAUUGACUAUUCUGACGGGAAAAUAGACCGAGUUGGUGAUGGCCAAUAUUCUAAAAGUAGUUCCAAAAUGUCUGGAUAUCAGAGUGGUAUUCAAAAGCCUUCAGUGAAUAAAGAAGGAAACUUACAACAAACAGUCAAUGUUGUAAAACCAACAUGUUCGGUGGCUAAUACUCAAAUGCAUGCCAUGACUGGCAUAUCUGAUCUCAAUACACAAUCAGGAAUAAUAAACCGUGCAUUACCUCCACCUCUCCCAAAGACAGAACCGCCCCCUAGGAGUAACACACCCUCAAUGAAAGAUCAUAGUAAUAACUCUGUGCCACAUGGUGCUAAAAACGAGAGUCCCGGUUCUCCGACAGGACAAUCAUCAAUAUCAGGCCAUAAAAGUGAUUCCACAUCGUCAUCGUCUAGUCAUAGCGGACCUAGUGGUAAUAAUAGUAACUCGUCAACGGAAAGUGUGAUAUAUCGUCCGUCAGACUCAGGCUCUGAUGUUGGAAGUAUUAGUGCUACAAGUUCACCGAGGCUAGGAUUGAAAGUGUUACAGCCUCAACAACCAAUAAAUAAAUCAGCAAACAAUGUGGCAAUCGUUCAACCACGACAUGGUGAAAAAGUGGAAACAACAUUUGAUUCUGAAGUCAGGACAAAAACUGUGAAUAAAGACAAAGAAAAAAGUUCAAAAGAGACUACUUUUUCUGAAAAAGAGACAACAUUUGUGGACGAUUCUGGUGAAGCAAUGGAUAUUAAGCCGAUGCAGCCGAUAUUAAGAGCAAUGCCAUAUGGGACAGGAUAUUUACGAGGGUACACUACUCCACCAGGAAAAAUCUUUCACAAUCCAGGUUAUGCUACUCCUACUGCAACUUACUUCGCUAGCACAAGCCGGUUAGGUAUGAAUCGUCCUCUAAUGGAUCAUGGGAAAUUUUAUUCUGGUCCGAUAAGAAAAACACCAUCUAGUGGAUUAAAUAGUUCAUUUGAUGGAGAUUAUAGUUCUGAUUAUGAAAGCUUUGAUUACAUAUCUGGAUAUAUGUCAGAUGGGGAUAUACUUAAAGGAAGUCAAAACAAAGUGGAUGAAAUGAAUUGUGGGUACAUGAGUGAAGGUGGCGCUUCACUUUAUGCCAGACGUUUACAACAGAGGUUCAGAGAAGGGAUGCAAGCUGUUAAAGAAUCCAUGCAGAAAAAUAACGGCAUGAUUGAUGAUGAUAGACAACAUCACAGAAAGUUUCAGCCAAAAAGGAGGCAAUCUGUUCCCAGAUCUGUUCGUUUUGAUGACAGCAGUUCCAUCAGUAGCGGUGAGAUCAGUGAUGCUGUCAACGAGAUUAGUACAGAUGAUGGAAAUUUAACGGGAGGAUCAUCACAAAGUGAUACCAAUCCUUAUCAUAGUCUGAAACGAGCUCCUCAGAAAGAUGUACGUCAACAAGGACAGUUUCCCGUCAAAAGGGCACCGAAUCUCGGAACCAGUGCUUUUAUGGGUUCUGACUACGGUGGUGAAAGUGGUCCAAUUUCUGGUUGGCGCAAAUACUCACUACCUCAAACUAAUAGACUGCUAAGCAGCGAUCCUGCUGAUUAUGCAUAUCUUUAUAAUAAUUAUGAACAGUUACACUCGUGGCGGACUAAUCAAGCAAAUCAACUGAGAAAAUUGUCUAACGUUAGUCAGCCAGAAAUACAUCAUUACCGCAGACAUAGUGAUGAUUACGCAAAUAGUGAAACAUCAAAUAAACGGGAUUCUGAAACAAACACAGACCAAUCUCAUCUGCUAGAAUCAAGUAUGAGAAGAAUGCAACAGGGACGUCCCGGUUCUGGUGGGUCAAUAGGUCAGGGCAUAUAUGGUUACCGAAGACCAACAAGUAAUACGAGUACGUCAUCAGCAGGAAGUGGCAAAGGUGAAGAGGUCAUUAAGAGUUCAACUGUUGGAGGUAGACUGGCUAGACAUGCAAUAGAUUCCAAUGGUAACCGGAAUGAAAAUGCACAUGGCAUACCACGACCGGGGAGUGCUCAGGCUCUGCGUUGUACCACACCAGUGAAAACAGAUAUGGGACCCGAUGGAUAUGGAGCAUCAACUUUAGAGAGGCGAAAGAAAGGCAGCAUGUCAAGUUUAAAAUCCUCAAAUUCAGCACAGACUGAUAGUGAAAUAUAUAAAUCUAAUACACUUGGAAGAACUAAAAAGGGAUACGGGAACGGAAUAGUGAAAGGGCCCCCACAAGGUCUAACAAAAUCAGCGACUUUGGAUUAUUCUUUUUCUGACUAUGACUACACCUCGGUCCAUGGAUCCAAUCUAUCUCUGGUGUCCAGCGCUUCCUCACACUACUCGACAGCUGAAGAGAAACAGAAUGCUGAGGUUCGUAAAUUACGCAGAGAGCUGGAGGCUGCACAGGAAAAAGUGUCAACGCUGACAACACAACUCAGCACAAAUGCCCAUGUCGUGGCAGCAUUUGAACAGAGUCUAUCCAACAUGACCCACAGGCUUCAACACCUGACGUCGACCUCCAAUCAAAAGGACUCUGAACUCAAUGAACUACGGACAACAAUAGAAUCCUUGAAAAGACAAAGUGGCUUUAAUAUACCAGACCCAAUCAUCAGCCCCAAUGUAGGACGUCGCCAUACAUCCCCUGGUAUGGUCGCUAAAGUUGAUAUUCAUAGCUCUCCAAACCAUCAAACACACCAACACCAUCACCACCAUCACCAAGGAGGUAGGGCGUUUCAUACCCUGCCGAUGCCUGCUGAGGCUCGGAUUACGCGUCAGAUGUCCUCUGAUAGUGUGUCCAGUAUAAACAGUUUAUCAAGUGCCUGUAGUAUGACGAGCCAACAGUCGGCAGCGACAGACGGGGAUGCAGGGAAGGGAAAGAAGAAAAAGAAGGGCUGGUUAAGAAGUUCCUUUAGUAAGGCUUUUGCCAAGAAAAAGAAUAGGAAUGGGUCCAUGUCAGACUGUGAGAUGGAUAUGGGAAGUCUAAGGUCCAAUGCUUCAGCCCCGAAUUCUCCAUUGUUACAGGUCCACAUGCCAAAUGGUCCAAGUUUUAUCAAAGGUUCACAUUCAUCUGGAGCAAUUUAUGAAGCUGAAGAUGUAUCAACAGUAUUAGAUUUACGGAAGCAACUUCGUGAUAAAGAUAUGAAAUUAACAGACACUCGUUUAGAGGCUCUGUCCUCUGCACAUCAGUUAGAACAACUCCGAGAGACAAUGACUAAAAUGAAAAAUGAAAUGAGUGCCUUAAAAGCUGACAAUGAUAGACUCCAACGUAUGAUGGUGUCGCGAGGACUUAACACGUCUCAGUCUUCCUUAAUUGUUCACUCACGGACAAAUAGUGAUUCGUUGGAUAGAUCUAUUAGUGUUCAAGAACAGCCUAGUUUAGGUAUGUUGAACCCUGCCUUAAUUGCUCACUCUAGGAAAAAUAGUGUUUCAUUGGAUAGACCUCAUAGUAUUGAAGAACAGCCUAGUUUAGAAAUGUUAUUAUCAGAAAGUCAGGAUCGAGAAGGAAAGAGAGUGACAAUGACUGUGUAUUUAGGUUCUAAACCAAGUCCUUUACGGCUGUGUACAGAUGUUUUGAAACCAGCUGAAGUAUUAAUUGGUUCAUUAUCCGUCAGUGGGAAGACAAAAUGGGAUAUUUUAGAUAAUAUUGUUAGAAAAAUAUUAAAGGAAUAUGUUUUACGGGUAGAUCCAGUCACUAAUCUUGGUCUAAGUGCUGAAAGUGUUUAUUCAUAUCAUAUUGGUGAAAUCAUGCGAACGAAGGAAGCAGAAUUACCAGAGUUACUUCCCAUUGGUUACUUAGUAGGGGAGACAAUGCAGAUAGGAAUCUGUUUGAAAGGUACCAAACAGAACAGCGUGGAUUCUCUGGCCUUCGAAACAUUAAUACCAAAAUCUAUAGUGCAACGAUAUGUAUCAUUAUUGUUAGAACAUCGAAGAAUUAUUCUAUGUGGUCCCAGUGGCACAGGCAAGACAUAUUUAGCCCAGAAAUUGGCAGAACAUUUAGUUCUUAGGUCUGGUAAAGAAUUAACAGCAGGAUCAGUAGCCACAUUUAAUGUAGACCAUAAAUCUGCCAAAGAAUUACGACAGUAUUUAGCCAACAUUGCUGAUCAGUGUGAGAACAGUAGCGCUGGAGAACUUCCAAGUGUUAUAAUCCUCGACAACCUCCAUCAUGUUGGUUCACUUGGAGAAGUGUUCAAUGGUUUCCUUAGUGUUAAAUAUCAAAAAUGUCCUUACAUCAUAGGAACAAUGAACCAAGCUACAUGUUCUACAACAAAUCUUCAACUUCAUCAUAACUUCAGGUGGGUGCUGUGUGCCAAUCAUAUGGAACCAGUGAAGGGAUUCCUUGGCAGGUUUUUGCGCCGGAAGUUGGUGGAAGCUGAAGUACGGACAGGAAUUAGAAAUAACGACCUGAAUAAGAUAAUAGACUGGAUUCCAAAAGUCUGGUUACACAUAAAUAAAUUCCUGGAAACACAUAGUUCAUCUGAUGUUACAAUAGGUCCACGGCUGUUCCUUACAUGUCCCAUGGAUAUAACAGCUUCACAGAUAUGGUUUAUAGACCUGUGGAAUUAUUCAAUAAUACCUUACAUGUUAGAGGCUGUCAGAGAAGGGUUACAGGUUUAUGGCAGAAGAGCCCCAUGGGAGGACCCCACAGAUUGGAUCAUAGAGACGUAUCCAUGGACUGUAUCCAAGGAAGAAGAUUCUCAAUUACUACGGAUACGACAAGAAGAUGUUGGCUAUGAUACCCCUGGAAUCAUCACUAGCACCCCACAGCCAAAAGCCAAAUCUGCAGAAGCUACGACAGAAAAUGGGGAUCAGCUGCUGAACAUGAUAAAGAGGCUACAAGAAGCAGCUAAUUAUAGCUCACAAAGUCAAGAUGAUGAUUCCGCUAGUAUUGACAGUCAUAGCAGUAGUAUACAAGAAAUUUCCAUCUCGAGCAUGGACUCCACAUCAUGUGACAUGUGAUGUCACAAACCCAUGUGACAUAUGAUGUCAUGAACCCAUGUGACAUACGAUGUCAUGAACCUAUAUGACGUGCAAUGUCAUGAACUUUUUCACAUUGUUGAUAUAAACUUGUGACUAUGUCAUUUGACUUAUAAAAUACUCGGUGCUAUUUUUAAGAGGCCAAAAUCGGAAUUGUGCAAUGUUAAAAUUGUUACGCAGUAUUUCUGUAUGAUCUGAAUGAUUUUUAUAAUUGAAUUUUCAUUGAGGGCAGCAUUUGGAUUUGGUAUUGGUCAGUUUCUGUUGUCAUUUUGUUUCUCUCUACAUUAAGGGAAAAAUUACUAUAAAUUGAGAUAAAUUUUCCUAUAGGACUUUUUUUCUGCCAUUUUUUUUCAAAAUUAACUUUGGAAAAUUUUUAGGAACAAAGUGAAAAGAAAAAGAAUUUACAAAUACUUACAAAAAUUUGAUCAGAUAUGAUAAAUGAUGUAUUAGUAAGAGAAAUAAAAUAGCUGACAGACUGAAUAUUUUUGUAUUUUUAUUUAAUGCAUGAUUAAGCAUGUUUAUUUUACCUAUCCUUGGUGUUGUUGUAAUAUAUGUUCUUAGCUGUACCAUGCUGGUACUUGUAUUCAUUAAACUAUACAGGGAAUCAGUAAAUUACUUUAUUUUUUGAAGGUAGUACUGGGAGGGGCGAAUGAUUUCUCAUGGUUUGAUGAAUACAGGUGCUUUACCCUGAUUUUUUUUUCUGGGUCAUCCAUUAUCAUGAACCUUGUGAAAAUCUGUUACUAUGUGUUAACCUUCAGAUAAAUGCUUAGAUAUAAAGGUAAAACUGGAACAAAAGUCUAUAUUAGGUCCCAGUGUAAAAUGUUGAGGAGAAAAAAAUGAACUAAAAAAAAAGAAAUUUCUCUGAACUCAUAAAACUAUUUUGAUGAACAUAAUUUUUUUUUUAAGAAAAAGGUUCAACCAUCAGAAUCAAUGUCUGUUUCUUUUCUCCAUUAAUUUGAUACUCUUAAGGAUAUCAGUAUCUAUCCACCUAUCAAUGGAUUUGCUUUUCUAAGGCAAAAAAUUGCUUUUUACAGCAUUUUUUUAGCGUUAAUAUCUCAUAUGAAUAUUUAGAGAUUUGAACAGUACCAAGCCAAAUAUAAAGAAAGGCAGAAGAAAAGGAUACCAUUAAAUGAUGAAAGAACUUGUAAAUGAUUUGUUCUAUUUUUUUUUUAAAUUUAAUAAACUAUGAAUUCUUGUACAGAUUGUAAAGCAUUAAGCUGUGAUAGUAGCUAGACUCUUUGUUUUUAAUUUUAGAAAUGAGGUUAUCGUUUGAAAAUCAAUAUUUGUUAUUGUGUGAUUUUUAAAAAAAAGAUUUUAUUCUUCUUAAUUGAAGAGGCCGCAUUUCAAAAUUAUAAUAGCCUCAAUUUCAUUUAUGUGAUGGUAUCUUUCAGAAUUUUGAAGAGUGAAAUUUGAAACCAUAUCAAUUAUAGACUAAGAGAGGAAACAUAUAUAUAUUUUUCAGUUACUCGAUUAAAAGAAAUCUUUAAAUCCCCAAACUAUGUUAUUUUUAAAUGGCUUCAAUUCUUCUCAAACAGGUCACGACAGACAAUGGAAAGACAGUGGUGUGAAGAGGAGGAUGGUUGAGGGUCAUAUCGGGGUUGUCGUCAUGACGAAUAUUCUUUUGUUUGAUAUUGUGAUAUUUAUUUAUUCUGUCUUCUCCUAGCUUGAGUGGACAUAAAAUUGUUAUUGUACACAAAUGUAUUAAUGGAAUAUUAUGGUAUUUAUUUAUUUACAGAAAGGGGUUUUCCAAUUUGGAUCUGAUUGAAAUCUGUUAUAUAUAGGGUUGAACAAAUAUUUAUAUAUUUCAAUUCAUAUUAUUUGGCACUAUAUGGGGAAAAGUUGAAAUGUUUUAAAAGUUUUCUUGACCUUUUACAAGCACAAAAUUAAUAUACAUGGUAAAUUGUUGCAUAUUUUUAUUGCAUAUUUUGUUAGUUAAUUUCUUAUUAAAGUAACUGUGAAACCUGUUUACACUUAUUCCUUGGUAAAUCAGAAACAAAUAAAUAGGAGCACCAGUCCCAGAGAAGAAAAAAAAAAGAAUUAUUUUAGAAAUUUUACAUCUUCAAAACCAACUCCUUUUAGUUGUGAGCAAUGGUUUCAGUCUUUGUAAGUAUAAAUAGGUUUCAUUAAGCUGGAACAAUGUAGAUUUGUUUUGUGCUUUGUAUUUUAUUAAGGACAGAAAAAUGACGAGUGGUUUAUAAUUUCUCAAUGUUUCAAAUUAUCUCUCGUAUGAAAUUUUUGAAACUAUAAAAUGUGUAAGCAUGUGUAUUGAGUUUUAUCUUUUGUAGUAAUGCUUAUUUGGCUUGUAAGAGAAGCUUAUAGCAGGAGUUAAACUCCACUUUGAAUUUAAUGUCUUGUCUAGAGUUACCUCCCCUUUGAACUAUAGAAUAACCUCCCCUUAUAGUGCAGUUUCAACAGCUUCACAAUGCAAUGACGGUUUAGCUUUGCAAUACAUUGGGAAAUCCAUGGUGUGCAAUAUUUAGAGUGAAUUUUGUUACUGGAAAUGCAGUUGUAUAUUUAACUUUGAAUUUGAAGUAAUUCAUCUUUUUUUAUGAAUCUCAUGUUAAAUUAAUUAGUAAUUUUAGACUCAUUUUUAGACCAUUAUAACAUUUUUCCAUUAUUUAUGUAAAUGGAUCAUAUGUAUUUAUUCCAUAUUACACAUGUUCAUUUUCGAGCUUUUAAGACAUUCAGUGAGUAAAAACAAGAAUACUUUUCUUUUCAUAAAUGUUCCUAACCAAGCAAGCAUAAUUGGUUGUAAUUAUGUUGAAUCAAUCAAUACCUAUUCUAUAUAAAUUUGACCACUUAUGUCUGCUGGGAUGUUUUUCACAUUAACAUUCAUGAUUUUUAGACAAAAUUGAUUGAUUUGUUAUUACACCUUAGGAAAAUUUUAGGUUGGUCAGACAAGUCUUAACGUGCCUGACAAAAAUUGUACCAAAAACUUCCACUAGAUAUAUAGUCAUCAUGAAAAUAAGGAGAUGGGAUAUGCGUCCGGUAGACCAGCCCUUCAACGUUAUUAUUAGGAUUUGAAUUUCAAAUAUUUUGCCUCAAUCAUCACUGAAGAGACAUUAAAUGUCUAAAUGUUCAUCUGAUGCUUGAAAAUUGGUACGUUCUGACUGGAUAUCUGUCGAAAUGUAUUAGAAUAUGUCUGUUAAUAACCCAAAUAAUUCAGUCCCUCCUAAUAACCGAUCUCUCCUACUUGCAAGUAAAUGUAGUAAUGAUAGAUCAGCAGCAUAUAACGACUGAAUUAUUCGGGUUAGUCUGUUAAACGAUAUUGAUUUACUAGAAAAGCUAUAGAAAUCCAUAGGUCAUGUCAUAGCUGUAAAAUCAUGUCAAUGUCUGUUACAUUUCUGUAGGAUGUCUAGCCAUCCAUCCCUUCAAAAAUAGGUCAAAUGUCACAUGUGUUGCUUAGUGAUCAUGUGACAGCCACUAUGUUUUUAUAACAUUACAUAAGAUAAAUACUACAGCACUUUUCUGAUACAUUCUAAUCUUUCUGUGUAAGGGGUUUUUAUAAUCUAUUUUUCAAAGUUAUCUUUGUCUAUUUAGCACAGUUUUUAUGCAUUUUUAUUUUAGAAAGAUGUAGUUAUUUUUGUUGAAUAUACCAGAAAUGAUUCUUUGAGCAAUUUGCUUGAAUAUAUCUUGUGGAAUGAGUUGCUUUAAAUUAUUCAUCAAAUUUAAUGGCUACGUUUAAUUUAAAUUAACUAAAUUAAGGUCAGAUUUGAAGUAACUUUAGGUGACCAAGAGUAUAUAAAAACUGUUAUAUUAAAGCCAUGUUUAUAUUUUUUUUGGAAAAAAAUAUUAAUGGAUUUUGGGGUGGGACAUAUUUUUUAUAAAGUACAUAAAAAAUGUAUCCCUGAAAAUUAUUAUUGUGUCAAAAUAUUAAAAAAUUCAUCAUAACUAAACAUUCCAACACCAGUCAAUGAAGCUAUGACCUUGAAUGUAGUAUAUUACUUCAAUCUGACCUUGAAUUCAAAUAAUAUAUUAAAUUUGAUAAUUUACUUUUGGGUUUUUGCCAUUUUAAAACUUUCACUCAUUUAUGAAUAAAAUAGAAGUAAUUAUAUAUUUAUUUAUUUUUCAUUUAUGUCAUUGAGAAAUCCAUUUUGUUACCAUGUGACCAUGUUUACGUCAUGUGACCAUGUUUUGUAGGUAUUCUUCUUUAGGUGCUGUAUGUAUAUAAAUGAUUGGUAACUUAAAGCUCAAGUUAAGUAGUUUGUACAUACAUUAAGUAUGUAAAUUUAUUUAAAUUCAUGUAAAUUUAUUCACUGCCAACUAACAGUGUAGAUCAUGUUAAUUAUAGAGAAAUAUGAAGGUUUUUCAUGUUUGAAUAAAUAUUUAUUUUGAUCAUGUGAAAAA